GCAAAUUGCAGCAAUGGAUUCACAUAGUUUGCAGAAUGUAUCUAGAUCUCUUCCAUUGCAGCUGGAUCCAAAGCGUUUGCCUCGGCAUGUUGCUGUGAUACCUGAUGGAAAUGUCCGCUGGACCAAAGCCAAUGGCCUCUCCGCUUAUAAGGGUCUUUCGGUUCUACGAGACAUUGCUCGGAUUUCCAACCAGUGGGGGAUCGAAGUAUUAACGGCAUUUGCAUUCUCCACCGAUAACUUCAAGAGACCAAAGGCAGAGGUUGAGUUCGUGCUUGAGCACCUGGACAACAUGUUCACGCUUGAUCACCCAAACACAGUUCUCAAGGAUGGGCUCAAAGUUCGCUGCAUUGGAGACAUGUCCAAGCUUCCAAGGUCUCUACAAGCAAAGAUCUCUGAGGCACACGAGAUGACUCGAGAUAGCAAGGAUCUGAAGUUUAUAUUGGCUAUUGCCUAUGGCGGCUGGGAAGAUGUUCUCCAGGCUUGCCAACGAAUAGCCUCUGAAGUUGAGCAAGGAGUUGUCAAGGCAAAUGAUAUUGAUCAGUGCUACUUAAGGAAGAAAAUGCUGCUCACCGAGUGGGAUGAGGAGGUCGGUGACCCCGAUCUACUGAUUCGCACCAGCGGGGAGCAAAGAUUGAGCAACUAUCUAAUGAACAACUUGAGUUACACGGAAUUGGUAUUUACUGAGAAGCUUUGGCCAGACUUCAAUGAAGAAGAUUACGUGAAAGCUGUGGUGGAGUUCCAGGAAAGAAACAGGCGAUAUGGACGACAUGAUAAUUAAGUCUGCGCUUUAACGCUUAUC